GCUUGCCGACUGUUAAUGUCUCCUGUUGCUUUGCCCAGGAGCAGGCCGGGCGCUUGCCAUGGGGUACUGUCGCCUCUGCCACGGGAAGUUUUCCUCAAGGAGUCUCCGCAGCAUCUCUGACAGGGCCCCCGGGGAGAGCUCAGAGAGACUGUCCCCAGGGGAGCGAGUCUUCAUCAGGGACUUCCAGAACCUGCUGGGGGUGGCUGUGCAUCAGCACCCAGCUUUGUCUCAGUUUGUCUGCAAGAACUGCCACGCCCAGUUCUACCAGUGCCACAGCCUCCUCAAAUCCUUCCUGCAGAGAGUCAACAUCUCCCCGAUGGGCCAUCGGAAGCCUUGUGCAAAGGUCAGUGCACAGCCCCCAGCAGGGGUGGAGGAGGGAGCCUGUCUGGUGGAUCUGAUCACUUCAAGCUCCCAGUGCCUGCACAGCUUGGUGGGCUGGGUGCAUGGACACGCAGGCAGCUGUGGCGCCCUGCCCAGCCUUCAGAGGACAUUGUCCUCCGAGUACUGUGGCGUCAUCCAGGCUGUGUGGGGCUGCGACCAGGGCCAUGACUAUACCAUGGACACUGACUCCAGCUGCAGGGCCCUCUUGCUAGACAGCGCGUUGGCAGUCAAGUGGGCGUGGGACAAGGACGUGGUGCCACAGCUCACCCAGAACCGGGACUCCACCUCCACUGGCGCUGCCCCUCAGAUCUCACAGAGCAGAGGGACCACAGUUGGGGCUGAGACCAAAAUGCUGCCCAGCAUGGAUUCGGCUCGGUCUCCUUCAGAUGGCAGCCUUCUGGGGCCUGGGCCAGGGCCACCAGCUCAGUCAAGCCCACCCCCCAGUGGGGCCCCAGGGCAAUUGGCUGAGAAGCAGGUUCCGUCUUCAGCCUCGGAUGAUCGGGUAAAAGACGAGUUCAGUGACCUUUCUGAGGGAGACUUUCUGAGCGAAGACGACAAUGACAAGAAGCAAAGUACCCAAUCCUCGGAUGAGUCCUUUGAGCCUUACCCAGAAAAGAAGGUCUCUGGUAAGAAAAGUGAAAGCAAAGAAGCCAGGAAGUCUGAAGAACCAAAAAUUCGAAAGAAACCUGGGCCCAAGCCCGGAUGGAAGAAAAAGCUCCGCUGUGAGAGGGAGGAGCUGCCCACUAUCUACAAGUGUCCUCACCAGGGCUGCACGGCUGUGUACCGAGGAGCCGAUGGCAUGAAGAAGCACAUUAAGGAGCACCAUGAAGAGGUCCGAGAGAGGCCCUGCCCCCACCCCGGCUGCAACAAGGUGUUCAUGAUUGACCGCUACCUGCAGCGACACGUGAAGCUAAUCCACACAGAGGUGCGGAACUACAUCUGUGAUGAGUGUGGACAGACCUUCAAGCAGCGGAAGCACCUUCUUGUCCACCAAAUGCGCCAUUCGGGAGCCAAGCCUCUGCAGUGUGAAGUCUGUGGGUUCCAGUGCAGGCAGCGGGCAUCCCUCAAGUACCACAUGACCAAACACAAGGCAGAGACGGAGCUGGACUUUGCCUGUGACCAGUGUGGGCGGCGGUUUGAGAAGGCCCACAACCUCAACGUCCACAUGUCCAUGGUCCAUCCGCUGACACAGACCCAGGACAAGGCCCUGCCCCUGGAAGUGGAGCCACCACCCAGGCCACUGAGCCCCACUGGGACCAUGCAGGGCCAGGCUGUGAAGCCCGAGCCCACCUGAGGACUACAGGUGGAACAGCCUGAACUCAACAGGCAUCAUGUGGGGUUUAAAGACAAUUUUAAUGGUUCCUCACAUUACUCCCAAUGGCACAGCCUUGCUGUACCCCCACUCCACGUAAACGGCAGCCACAUGCCGGAGGAUCUGGAGGGUCACUCUCCCUCGGUAUGGUGGAGGUGGGCUCAGUGUGCAGCCCACACAGCCUUUCUCUUCACUCUGGGACCAGCAGUUUAUUUUCCUUCAAACACCAAGUAACUUGGGGCCAGACACAGAUUAUAAGUAAUCGAUUCCUUUUCCCUGCUAAAGCGAUCAAGGAGAUCUGUAAUCCACUUUUUAGUACAACAGGAUCUCCGCGUUAUGCUCAUAAUAAAUUAUUUACAAAAGA